CCUCUGUGCAUCCUAUCUGAUAGGAAGCGGCGUUACACUUGGCUCCUGCUAGGCCAAAUACUUUGUUUUAGCGCAAGGCGCUACUGAUAAGAUUAGAUCCUAGGGAAUCUUUAUCUUGGCCAGCCGCCUUUCUCCAAAACUGUAAACAUCCUCUGCCCCAAGCCAGUUCUUGAGCAACCGCAAAGAUGGGUAAAGGAACCGACAAACUCUACAUCACCCACUCCGAAUGGUCCUCCUCCGACCAAUUCUCCGCCUCCGCCGGCUCUAAUGUCAACGUCCGCGCCGCCUCGGGCUCCUUCAAGCGCCUCCCCUUCAACUUCUGCGCCGCCUCCCUCCAGCCCUUCCACCACCCCGUCUGCACCCCCUCCGGCACAAUCUUCGACAUCGAAGUCAUAACCACCUGGCUCGCCACGCACUCUACCAACCCCGUCACCGGCGGCCCCCUCAAAGCUAGCGAGUUGAUUAAACUCAACUUCGCGCGGAACGGGGACACGGAUGCGGGCGCGGCGGAGGGGAGGAAGGAGGCGUUGGGAGAGAUGGUGGAUCCGGUGACGUUUAAGGUGUUUACGGAUAAUACGCAUAUUGUAGCGAUACGACAUGGCGGGGAGGCGAAUGUGUUUGCCUGGGAGACGGUGGAGAGGUUGAAUGUCAAGGCGAGGAUGUGGCGCGAUCUAGUGGACGACCGCGAGUUCAGCCGGAAAGACAUCAUAACCCUCCAAGACCCGCAGAACGUGGAGAGUCGCGACCUGAGCCAGUUUAAGUUCCUGAAAGAGGGGGAGAGCGUGCUUAGUAAAUCUGAAGAGGAGGAGCAGAAGGGCGGGAGCGUGAAUGUCGCGGCGCUGGGAAGGGUGGGGGAGAAGGUGUUGAAAGCCAAGGAGGCGGUGGAGAAGGCGAGGCGAGAGAGAGAGGCGAAUGGCGAUGUAAAUAGGAGUAAAGCUGUUGCGAAGGCGAGUGCGCCGGCGAUGAGACCGCAGAUGCAUACCCAGAAGAAGGAGGUGUAUAACGCGGCGCAGUAUACGACGGGGAAGGCGGCGGCGUCGUUUACGUCGACGGGGUUGACGCCUUCGACGAGUGGGGAGCGCGCGUUGCUAACGGAGGAGGAGUAUAUGUUGCGCCCGAAACGGGUUAAGAAUAAGGGGUAUGCGCGGCUGGAAACGAAUUAUGGGUCGUUGAACCUGGAGCUUUACCCUGAGACGGCGCCGAGAGCGGUGUGGAACUUUAUACAGCUCGCGAAGAAGGGGUACUAUAAAGGCGUUAUUUUCCACCGCAGCAUCCGAAAUUUCAUGUUGCAAGGUGGGGACCCGACGGGGACAGGGAAGGGGGGGACGAGCUGCUGGGGCAAGAACUUCCAGGAUGAGUUUGACGGCCCGUUAACCCAUGACGCGAGGGGGGUGGUCAGCAUGGCGAAUAAAGGGAAGAACACGAAUUCGAGCCAAUUCUUCAUCCUCUACCGCCCACAAAAACAUCUCGAUCGGAAACACACCAUCUUCGCGCGCGUAGUAGGCGGUAUGGACGUCCUAGGCCGCAUCGAAGCCGUGCCUGUGGAUUCCGGGGAUCGGCCGACGGAGGAGGUGGUCAUUGAGGAUGUAGUAGUGUUUGUGGACCCCUUUGAGGAGUUUCAAGCCGAGAGGAGGGAGAGGGAGGGGAAGGAAAGGGAGAGGGAGGAGGUGGAGAGGAUGGGGGGGAGGGAGGAUGAUAGGACGACGUGGACGGGGAAGAGGGUUAGGGGUGAUGGGACGGUGGUGCAGAGUGAGGAGGACGAGCCGGUGAAGAAGAAGGUUAAGGCUGCGGGGGGGUUUGGGAAUUUUGAUAGUUGGUGA